ACGAGUCGGUCGGUUAGGCGGGACGGCGAAAGGUCGCGGCGUGUUGCGACGCAUUUCAGCUCGCAGCCUCGUCGUCCCGAGUACGAGUUUUUGAUGCGAACGAGUGUUUCGAGAGUGUCGUGGAAUGUCGAAAAUGAAGUGAAAUAUCGGGCGUUCGUGCCAUCAUCCGUCGUCGGAUACGAUGCAUGGUGCGAAGUCGUAUCGCGUUCAAUCAUGUUUCGUAUCUUCUCCUGUCUUCUCCGUUGCCUCGUAUUCUCAGUUUUCGACGAGCGUGAGUACCAAGAAUGUCGAAAACGAAGGAUCGCGCGUUCGCGCCAAGUGUGAAUCAAGACGAAUCGUCGUGAGAAGAAUCUUGGAUCUCGAAUGUUCGGCUGCUGCUGCCGAGAUGGAGCUGGACGGAGCGACCAGCGGCGAACGCACUACAUCAGCUGCAAUGCAUCCGACGGCUGACACUGAAGUAGAUGCCAAUGUAAAUACUACUAUGCAUGGAACUAAAAGACUCAUGGACGAUAGCAAUGAGAAUGAAGCAAAGGUACAGAAGACAGAAGAAAUAGUACAGAAGCAGACAGAAGCGACAAAGGCAGAGGUGGUACAAAGAAUUAAGAGAAAAAAUCAUGCCAUGUUACUGGGCUACAUUGGCAAAGACUAUUAUGGCAUGCAAAGAAAUCCUAAUAUGAAAACUAUUGAGGAAGAUUUGAUUACCGCCUUACUAAAGGCAGAUUUGAUAAAUACAGAACAAUUUGAGAAUAUACGUUCAAUAAAUUUUCAAAGAGCUGCACGUACGGAUAAAGGAGUGUCGGCGAUUAGACAGAUUGUCUCAAUGAAACUACCGGAGAAUAUUGACAAAGCAGUAAUAAAUCAGUUUUUACCUGAUGCAAUCAGAGUAUUUGGAAUAAAACGAGUAACAAAAGGUUUUAAUAGUAAAAACCAAUGUGAUGCACGUACCUACAGAUACAUCAUUCCUUCCUUUGCAUUUGCAUUAGAAGAUCAGAGUUUGUUAAAACUUGGAGAGGAAGUUAACGAAGACGAGAGAAUCAAACAGUUAUCAAUUAUUGAUGAAAAGCCGUACACUGACUACAGAUUAUCUCCAGAAUCUUUAGAUAGAUUAAAUUCAAUUUUAAAGCUUCUGGAAGGUACUAACAACUUUCAUAACUUUACAUCGAAAGUAAAACCGUUAGAUCCACGUGCGAAACGUUAUAUAAUCAGUUUCUGCUGCGUAGAGACGUUUGUUUCAAACGGAAUAGAAUUUGCGGUCUUAGAAGUUAAAGGACAAAGUUUCAUGCUGCAUCAAAUUCGAAAAAUGGUAGCGCUUGUAGUCGCGAUUGCGAGGAAUAUGGUACCCGAAGAGACAAUCAACGAAGCGUUAAAAACUAUGGACAAAAUGGAUAUACCACUUGCACCUAGUUUAGGAUUGUGUCUGUGUCAUGUGCAUUACGAUCAUUAUGGUAAAAGAUAUGGCACGGAUGGCCUCCAUGAAGCAUUAGAUUGGAAGGAAUGUGAAGAAGAAGUAGAAAUGUUUCAGAAGGCAUAUAUUUUGCAACAUAUGGUGAACACCGAAAUUUCAGAACAAACAACCUUGAAAUGGCUAGCAGGCCUUCCUUUUUAUUCCUUUAGUAACAGAGAUAUACUACCUGUGGAAGAUGAAAAACAAGAGGUAGAGGUCGUGCAUAAUGAUGUUUAGGUAUAAACUAGCUGUUUCUGUAUCAAAUACAGUAAAAAAAAAAUAAAGUUUUUAAAUUAUUAUUAAA